AUGCACAUAACAAUCCACCCCCUCCCCCCCACCGAAAUCCCCACCUUCAUAACCAUCGAACUCGCCGCCUUCGCCCCGCACCCACGAAUCCCCAUGCUCUGGCCACGAGGCUACACGCCCGACCUGCACGCCUACAUGGCGCGGGUCAAACGCGAAGCCUUCCCCUCGCCCUCCAACCACUUCAUCAAAGCCGUCGACUCCGACACAGGCGAGAUCGUCGGCGUCAGUCAAUUUGAGAUUAAAGAGGAAGGGGAUGAGGCGGGGGAGUUGCUGGCGGAGGAUGCGCCGCCGCCGGGGGAUUGGCCGGAGGGCGGGAAUUGGGGGAUGAAGAGGUUUUUUGCGCGGGAGAGUUGGCGGUUGGUGGAGGGGAGUUUUGGGAGGGGGGCGCAUGUUGUAAUCGACCUCCUCCUCAUCCACCCCACACACCAACACCGGGGGAUCGGCUCCCAACUCCUACAACACGUCCUCGAAGAAGCGGAUUCCAGAAAUAUCCCCGUGGGAUUGGAGAGCACGCCGGCGGGGCUGGCGCUGUACAAGAGGCAUGGGUUUGUGGAGACGAGGGUGAUUAAGGCGGAUAUGAGGGCUUUUGGGUGGAGGGAGGAGUAUGAUGAGGAGGCGGCGAAGAGGGUUUGGAUGGUUAGGGAUAAGGUUGGGGGGAGGGAGGGUUAG